GGUUAAGGUAUUAGAUAAGUUUGUGAAAUCAUCGUGAAUGGUAUGAUCAGUGGUCAUUUAAAGAUAAAUAGGUGAUGAUAUGAUAUCCAGGAAAAAAGGAAACCGGAAAAUAAGUAUAUCGGUGGAGGGUAAAUAUGUCAAGAGAGAAAAUCCAGUUGAACUUCCUAUUACCAAUGUAUGGACCAAUUUUACUCGUCAAGAUAUUAAGAAGAAAGAAAAAUCUGGUGAAGGGGAUUGUGAUGUUACCGAUUCUCAGCCCAAGACUUUAACCGAAAAAUGUGCUCGAGCUCAACAAGUUAAAGACUUUCAGAACAAAUUUAAACCUAAUUAUGGUCCUUCAAGCUCAAAUGUCUGUGGUAUUAUGUGUACUACUAGUGCAAUUAAUCUUAGCAAUCUCGGAUCUUAUCAGAAUUUGCAUCACCAGCAACCACAUCAUGCAUCAAAUUUUUAUGGAAACCGGGUAAUGUCUCAUGGAAGCUUAGAAACGCGAAAUCAUGAUAAUAUCGGUGCUUUUGGGACCACAUUUCGUGGUUAUCAGUCAGCUGUUGUCUUUCCUGGUGUGGCCAGAAUGUUUUCACAGAAUCAUGGUAUUCCAAUGGAAACCAAUUUAAAUAGUAACUCGCACAGUCAAAUCUCAUUGGCAUCUCAAAAUAGUUCCUUUAGACAAUAUUGUGAAGAUUUACCUCCAGGCUGGUCAACUGAUUUCACCAUGAGAGGUCGAAAGUAUUAUAUUGACCAUAAUACAAAGACAACCCAUUGGUCUCAUCCCUUAGAGAAAGAGGGUUUACCAACAGGUUGGGAGAGGGUUGAAUCUUCUGUCCAUGGAUCUUAUUAUGUUAAUCAUAUCACUGGUCGAGCUCAAUAUGAACACCCUUGUGCCAAUCAAUACGGUGCCUUACAAAUUGUUAAUAGAGAAACUAUUCGUGAUCAUCAACAAUCAUUGCCUCUUCCUAAACCUUCAAUCCAUCAACACAAUGUUUGGGUCCCAGGUAAUCCCUACCUCACCGAAGAAAUACCAAAGUGGCUUUUUGUAUAUUCCCGAGCACCUCUUGAAUUAGAUCACUUGUUAAAGUUUGAACUUUUUGACCUCCAUGAACUUCAAGCCUACGAAGCCAUGAUAAAUUUACUCUAUCGUCAAGAAUUGGAAGAAAUUGUCAUGGCUUUUGAAGCAUAUCGACGAAAAUUACAAAGAGAAAUCGAUAAUAGAGAACGAAAAGAUUUUAAAGAUAGGAUUCGAGAAAGACAAUUAGAGUCAAUUCAAAUUUCGGACAAUUCCAAUUCAUCUGUUACCACUGUUAUAACUAAUUUAUGACCACUGAUCGACCUCGCAACCAAAACAGAUAAUUAUUUUUCAUUUCAUCAAAUUUCUCAUCAUCACCAUCAUCAUCUUCACAUACUCGGUUUUGAUAGAUUUGAGAAUCUUUUUUUUUAUCGUUCCUAUCCCUUUUUUACAUGUUCCUCUUAAUUGGUUCCUCCUUGUUUUUUUUUACACAAUUAACAAAAUAAUUACCUGUAUCAAUUAAAUCGUUAUUCUACUUUA